AUGAAACCUCGCCGUUAUCGUCCGGAAACUGUGGCUCUCGGAGAAAUUCGUCGUUAUCAGAAAAGUACCAAAUUGUUGAUCAGAAAAUUGCCCUUCCAACGGCUGGUCUGUGAAGAUUUCAAGACCUAUUUGCGGUUCCAAAAUUCUGCUGUAAUGGCACUCCAAGAAGCUAGCGAAACAUACCUCGUCGGACUAUUCAAGGAAAUGAACUUCUGCGCGAUCCACGCUAAGCGAGUAACCAUUAUGCCGAAAGAUAUAAAGCUGGCAAGACGCGCCUAA